UGCGUUAGCGAUAAACCAGUUCACGCCGGAGCCCUGGGAAGGGAGCGUCUCUGUUGGAUCCGGCCUCUUCGCGGGACUCUCAGAACAGCCACCACCAGGUAGACGCCGCCUGUCAGCAUGGGUAAAGGAGACCCCAACAAGCCGCGGGGCAAGAUGUCCUCGUACGCCUUCUUCGUGCAGACCUGCCGGGAAGAGCACAAGAAGAAACACCCGGACUCUUCCGUCAAUUUCGCCGAAUUUUCCAAGAAAUGUUCGGAGAGAUGGAAGACCAUGUCUGCAAAGGAGAAGUCGAAAUUUGAAGAUAUGGCAAAAAGUGAUAAAGCUCGGUAUGACAGGGAGAUGAAAAAUUAUGUGCCUCCCAAAGGUGACAAGAAAGGAAAGAAAAAAGAUCCCAAUGCUCCUAAAAGGCCUCCGUCUGCUUUCUUCCUGUUUUGCUCUGAACAUCGCCCAAAGAUCAAAAGUGAACACCCUGGUUUAUCCAUUGGGGAUACUGCAAAAAAAUUGGGUGAAAUGUGGUCUGAACAGUCAGCCAAAGAUAAACAACCGUAUGAACAGAAAGCAGCAAAGCUAAAGGAGAAAUAUGAAAAGGAUAUUGCUGCAUAUCGUGCCAAGGGCAAAAGUGAAGCUGGAAAGAAGGGCCCUGGCAGGCCAACAGGUUCAAAGAAGAAGAAUGAACCAGAGGAUGAGGAGGAAGAGGAAGAGGAGGAAGACGAUGAAGAUGACGAGGAAGAGGAGGAAGAUGAAGAAUAAAUGGCUAUCCUGUAAUGAUAUGUGUGGAGUGUGUGUGUGUGCUCAGGCAAUUGUUUUGCUAAGAAUGUGAAUUCAAGUGCAGCUCAAUAUUAGCUUCAGUAUAAAAACUGUACAGAUUUUUGUAUAGCUGAUAAGAUUCUUUGUAGAGAAAAUACUUUUUUAAAAAUGCAGGUUGUAGCUUUUUGAGGGGCUACUACAUACAGUUAGAUUUUAAAGCUUCUGAUGUUGAAUGUUUCUAAAUAUUUAAUGGUUUUCUUAAUUUCUUGACUUGUGUAUUGUAGCACAGCAAACUUGUAGGAAUUAGUAUCAAUAGUAAAUUUUGGGUUUUUUAGAAUGUUGCAUUUUGGUUUUUUUUUUUUUAAAUUUUUGUAAUAAAAUUAUGUAUAUUA